CUCAACCGUCUCCCGCGGACUAUACAUUGGUCGGACCGGCAUACCGCGGGAUCCUCUUACACAUGUCCUCGGAAGUGGUAGAAGCGUCGACGUCUGCUCUUGCACACGGUCCGGAUCCAUUCGCUGACCCACCGGCUGCAAUUGAGAAAGGGAAGAAUGUGCUGCGGCAUGAAGAGGAAACACGUCAUGAUGAGAACAUACAAGCGUCCAUAGAAGAGAUAUGGUACCUCAAAGAGAUAUCCUUCAGACCGGUCCCGGAGGCGGCCCCACGAAUGUACAAGAUCAUUACCCAGAACUUCAACGGGCCGUGCUCAUUCAUUGCUAUUUGCAACAUCCUUAUUUUGCGGGACAAGAUCCAGAUUCUACCUUACGACAGGCCCACCGUCUCCUAUGAGCACUUGUCUCACCUCGUAGCAGAGUACUUGCUUCUCUCAUGUCCGGACGUAGAUAUAUCCGCCGCGCUGUCCAUCAUGCCAGCUACUCGAAAGGGCAUGGACUUGAACCCGCUGUUCACCGGAUCAACUUCCUUCCGCCCCGCAGGCGCGGGUGGCGAGCUGAAGCUCUUCGAGCAAGCUGGAAUCAAGCUCGUCCACGGAUGGCUAGUCGACCCAUCCAGCCCCGAAUACAGGGCCAUCUCGCGGGUCGAGGACUACGACUCCGCCGUGAACCUGCUUGUAGAAGCGGACUACCUCACGAAGGGCCAGUUCGUGAUUGCCGAGGACGAGCACGGACCCUCGUCUUCCGUCGGGCCGUCGGGGUCCCGUUCUAACACCUACGACCUAACGUCCGAACAACAACAGAAGAUCGAGGAAGCCCUAGUAGUCCGCUCCUUCAUCGAGUCCACUUCCUCUCAACUGACGUACUACGGCCUCUUCGACCUCGCCUCCUCCCUCCCACCCAACUCCCUCGUUGCCCUCUUCCGCAACUCCCACCUUUCUGUGCUCUACAAGUCCCCUGACGCCGACGGGGCGCUUUACGCGCUCGUCACCGACCAAAUCUUCCUGCACGAGCCGUCUGUCGUCUGGGAAAGACUGGAAGACGUCGACGGCCAAUGGUCCACCUUCGUGGACUCGCAAUUCAUCAAGUCCAGCCCGGCCGGCGGCGACUACGCCGGACACACGGCGGAGAGCGCGCUCGCGGCUCUGGAGCAGCAGGUGGGGGGACUGACGUUGGCAGAUCGUGCCGACGAGGCACUGGCACUCCAGCUGCAACAAGCGGAAGAACAGCGCAUGCAGGACUACUAUGCGCGCCAGGAGCUGCUGCGUGCGGAUAGGGAACACGAUCAGCGGGCGCGAGAGCACGCGUCGCGCAGCCGCGCCGUCGAGAAUGCCACGCGGCCUAGGAAAAAGGACUGUAUUAUUAUGUGAUCUGA